AAUUCUGAGGAUGUCCGAUGUAAAUGCAUCUGCCCUCCUUACAAAGACCAUUCAGGCCGUAUUUACAACAAAAAUGUUUCACAGAAAGACUGUGAUUGUCUUCAUGUGGUUGAGCCUAUGCCCGUCCCUGGACCUGAUGUAGAAGCAUACUGUUUACGUUGUGAAUGCAAAUAUGAAGAGAGAAGCUCUGUCACAAUUAAGGUUACAAUCAUCAUUUACCUGUCUAUUUUGGGCCUACUUCUUCUGUACAUGGUGUACCUUACACUGGUGGAACCUAUACUGAAGAGACGUCUCUUUGGACAUUCACAGCUCAUACAAAGUGAUGAAGACAUUGGGGAUCACCAGCCUUUUGCAAAUGCACAUGAUGUGCUGGCUCGUUCUCGGAGCCGCGCUAACGUAUUGAACAAAGUGGAGUAUGCCCAGCAGCGCUGGAAGUUACAGGUCCAAGAGCAACGCAAAUCUGUCUUUGACCGUCAUGUUGUGCUGAGUUAAUUGUCCCAGUAAAAUAACUCCAGGGAAGUAAAGUGGACUGAUUGAAAGAGCUGACUUAUGUCUUCCUGAUCCUGUCAAUUCAGAAAGGUUUUCUUGAAUGGUUUGUUAUUGAUUUAAAAAAAAAAAAAGAAAGAAAAAAGUAUUUGAACUUUGAAGGAAUGUACUGGAGUAGAAGGAAUUUAAAAAGAUUAGUUAACCAAAAGCUACAAUCUUUACAUUUUCAAAUGGCUUUUACUAACAAAACUAAAAAGAAAACAAACCCUGAGAUGUCUUGGGUUGCCACUGUGGUACCUUAUUUACAGUUGUGACUUUAUGGUGGUUUUUAACUAUAUUUCUCUCUACUAUUUAUGUGGUUAAAAAGUACCUGAGAACACAGUAAUUACAACUCACUAAUCACUUUAUGUAAAGACCUUUUGUAAAUAUACUUGGAUUUUCUGCUGACUGAUGCUAGGUACUGGAAAUCUAAAUCUUGCUGUGUAGUUUUCAUAUCACAGAAUGGAAUCCUGAUUGGCUGUAUUCAUCAUUUGAUUUCUUGCACUCGUACUUUCAAGAUGCUUCUAUGUCAAGUGAUGUUUGCAGGUUUAAGGCAAAACUUAAAAGGACACUGACUCUGAGCUGCAUACUUAAAGUACUGUGAUGUAGAUAAACUCAAAUGCAGUGAAUAUCAAGACAGUGUUGGUAUUUUGUUCUAUUUUGCUUUAACAGCUUAAUAUAUUGUAUGUGUAUGAUAUCUCUGAAAAAAAUCUUUUCCCUUUCUUUUCAUGGGUAAAGUCUCAGGAGUUAGUAUAUGAUGAAAUAUUUAUUACAAAAAAUCUUUCUGCAUUUGUCUGGAUUGAUGGUGUAAGGCACAUACUUUCUCUAGCACCUGUCAUCUUGGGAGUUAGGUGUAUUUUUUUAUCUGUGACUCUGUACUCAUCUCUUAAGAGGUAUACAGUUGCUAGAUGACUAACUUUCAUAUAUCCCCUUUGGAAUGCAACUAUUAAAGAUAAAAACUGAUUUUUGAAAAAUG